AUGAGGACUGGCGACAUUGUGUUGCUUUGCGCGUCGAAGGAUUUUAUGGGCUGUCCAGACCGCUGUGUUGUAUCAACUGGUAUCAAAGGCGCCUCUGGCACCGGACUGCUGCCACAUAACCUUCUCUCAUCAAUUUCACUUGACAGCCUCCGUAAACGUGUUUAUAGUAUUGGCUUCCAAUGGUUCGCACAAUAUCCUACACUAGAUGAGAGCUCACUUGCAUCGCGAUUAUUCCAUUUCGAGUCUUUGGAGGCCAUUCCUCACGCUACUUUUUCUGCCUCAGGCUCGGAUGAUCGUACUUCCAACAUGAGCAAGAGUGCCAGUGCUGUUAAUAUUAACAGUACUUGCGAUUCGAAUUUGGCUCAUGAAACUGCUUGCUCUGCACCUAGCGAUGGU